AUGGACGUCCCCGACGAUGCCUUCACGCAGUUGUCUGUCGGCUCCUGGGUCGUGGUCCACGACCUCCUUGCGACUCCUUCCCUGAACGGUGCGCAUGGUGUGGUGGACGAGUUCCAAGCGGAGAAGGGAAGGUACGUCGUCGAGUUUGCGAACGGAAGCCGGAAGCUCAUCCACGGGAAGAACUUGAAGCCCAGCCAGGAGUUCGAAUCCAAGAAGUCGGAUCCUCUGAAGACAGGGGAAUCAGGGGACCUGGCCAAAAUCAGUGGCCUCACCAAUGCCACAGCCCUGAACGGCCGCGUCUGCAGAGUGCAGGCGCCAAAAGGCGCCGAUCGGUACGACGUGAAGCUUCCAGACGGAACAGUGAAAGCCAUCAAGGGCUCCAACUUGUCUGUGCUCCCGUCUCCUGGCACAGCCGUGACCUCCUCUAACCUCGUCGAGGGAGCGAUGGUGCAGCGCGGCCCAAGUUGGAUCUGGGAGGACCAGGAUGGCGGCAAGCAUUGCUUGGGUCGUGUCCUCCACUUCAACACGGAGACAGGCUGGGCCACAGUACAGUGGAGCAAUGGGAUGAGAAACUGCUACCGGAUUGGCAUGAACAGCAAGAACGACCUGGAGCAUGCAGACCCCUUCAAGCACGAGGAGUCCUAUCUGGAGGCUCUGAAGAAAGGCAAGGAAGCCAUCAAGAGGUGCCACCUCCAACGUAGUUUCGCCUAUCCCUGCGGCGUGAAGCACUCGCAUGUUGAUUUCUUCGAUAUCAGAGACGAGGUUUGCGAGGCUUUCGGUGGCCACAAGCAUGGCCAAAGAGUUCAAGCGGGAGGCAUGCAGGCGGUGAUGAUCGGCGUCGCGCUGUUGGACGACGAUCUAGAUUUGUUUUCGCCCUUCUAUCAUGUAGACGGCAGAGACGGUGCGUCCGUCUUCGCAGAUCAGGAGCUUUUCAAGAAAUUGACGGUCAUCGGACGGCAGAAGGUCAGGGAGGCAAAGCCCGGGCGUGUCUUUGCCGACAACCGAGAGCUGCUUGAGAUUGCCAAGGAGGUCACCCCCACCUUCCAGUAUGUCAUGGCGCCGAACUCUUUGAUGCAUGGACAGUUGGAGCGGUAUGACAUCCGAGAUGAGAUCUGCUUGAGGGUUGGGGGCUUCAAGCAUGGCCAGGUUGUGAAGGAAGGGGACACGAAAUCCGUUGUCAUCGGCGUGCGGCUCGUGAAUGGUGUUCCGACUCUGUUCUUUCACGUGGAUGGACAGCCUGGUGCAGGGAGGUUCACUGACCUCGAGAAGAAGAACUUCACGGUUGUUGGGUCCCGCGCGGUGGAAGAGGCGCCCGACGACUUCUUUCAAACUCCGGCACCGUCUGCAGAGCUUCGGGACCUGGCCACAACAUUGCAGUGUACCUUCGGCUAUCCUUGCGGAACCAGGCUCCCGCAUUUUGCAAAAUUUGACAUCCGGGAUCACGUCUGCGAAGCCGUCGGAGGGUUCAGGCAUGGCCAGAAGGUGAGGGAUCAUCGCGGCAACUGUGCCGUGGUGGCAGGGGUCAGGCUGCAUGAUGAUGUGCCCACUCUGUUCUUCCACUUGGAUGGGUCGCCGGGAGCUGGCAAAUACGCGAGGUAUCACCUUGUUCGGCACAAGUUCAAUGUGAUCGGUUCAGCAGCCUUGCAGGAGGUAUCUGCUUCAGAUCCUCUGUUCCGGCAUGCUGGUAAAUCCGAAAAGAAUUUCAUGAAAAAGAUGAUGGACGAGUUCCUCUCGGCUUUUGCAAGUCACGCUGGUCAGUCUACGCGUGAGUUCGACCCGGAUUUCGAGUAUGACUACACCUUCCGCUACCUUCAGAAGUCCUUGGAUCCCGCGUAUUUCGACAUCAGGGACGAGGUGUGUGAAGGGGUGGGCGGCUUCAAGCACGGUGACGUCGUCUAUCUCGUUGGUAUGGACCGACAAGCUGUGGUCAUCGGAGUGCGUCCCGACCGGCGCGGCACGCCUCAUCUCUGGAUGCAUGUGGAGGGAGCGCCGGGCGCUGGAAUUUUCCAGGAGCAGGAUUUCAUUCGGCGGACGUGUUCCGUUGUCGGCAGGCAAGAGGUCAAAGAGUUUGAGGAUCCCGAGCCGCGAGCCUUUAGCUCUGAGUUCGUGCAGGGCAUCCAGCCGACGUUUCGCUACCCGCAAGGUGUCAAAGGGCGCACCAAGCUUGAAUUCUUUGACGUGCGUGACGAGGUUUGCUUGCAUGUGAGUGGCUGUCGGCAUGGAGAGAAGGUCAAGUUUGGAGAAGUAAAGGCUGUUGCAAUUGGAGUGAAGCUGGAGGGCAUAGUUCCGACCAUGUUCUUCCAUGUGCUGAAGCCCGUCGCUGCGCCUGGCGCAGGAGUGUUUGAAAAUCUCGACCUCAUGAGGCCACACAUAAAGAGCCUUGGGAUCGAUACUGUUGAGGAAGUCACAGAGGAGAGGUUCCGGCAGGGCUGGGCCCCACCCAAACCGUGCAGGGCGUCCUCUUCGGCCUCGUCCAGCGAGUCUGAUUCUGAGUCCGACGCCUCCUCGCAGAAAUCAGAAUCUUCCUUCCAGGAUCCCAUCCGGCAUAGGGCUCAAGUCCAUUCAGAAGAGGAGAUGUUGGGAGAUGCCGUGUUGCUGCGGCUGUCCAGCUGCUCGGCAGCCAUCAAGCAAGUGCUCCUGAACUCGGCAGAGUUGGCCGAGUGCCGGCGUGACGUGGUCGAUGCGAACUGCGAGGUCACCCCCGAAUGGGCGAAUGGAGCCGUCUUGCUCGCCCCAUUGACGGAGGAGAAGGCCUCGGAAGCACAGCUGCAGCUUCGCCCAUACCACGUUGUGGCUUUCAAGGGGGACGAGGGCCGGGUGAAGGCCGCUUUGAGCACACUGCCAUGCAGACAGCGGCCCCGGAUUCGCGAGAGAUCCGACCUUGGGUGCUCGGCAGCCGCCGAUGUGCCAGAUCAGGAGCAAGAUCUCGAGGAAGUGGAUUCGGAAGCCGAGAGUGUCGCACAAGACCUG